CAAGUGAACUUAAAGCUUGGCACGCACUUCGAAGUCAUUAUGACACAGAAGGCAAAAACUUGGUGUUAAAAGAACUUUUUGCACAAGACCCUAAUCGCUUCAACACUUUCUCACGUCACUUCAAAGGCGAACGUACUGGUGCCUCUAUCCUACUCGAUUUUUCGAAAAAUAUCAUUACUCAUGAGACUUUUAGAAUGCUCAUUGAACUUGCACGUGAGGCUGAUGUCGAGGGAUUCAGGGAUAAAAUGUUUAAAGGGGAGCACAUUAAUUUUACUGAAGACCGUGCAGUAUUACAUAUCGCUUUAAGAAAUGUCUCAAAUAAUCCCAUUUGUGAUAAUGGGGAAAAUGUUGUACCAGAAGUAAAUAAAGUCCUAGAGCAAAUGAAGAAUACUUCAAAUGCUAUCCGUGAAGGUCAAUGGACUGGAUAUACUGGCAAAGUAAUUACUGACAUCGUUAACAUUGGUAUCGGCGGGUCAGAUCUUGGUCCCGUAAUGGUUACCGAAGCAUUAAAGCCCUACGCAAAAAAAGGGUUAAAUGUACAUUUUGUUUCGAAUAUUGAUGGUACACACUUAGCCGAAACGUUGAAAAAAGUACAUCCUGAAACAACCCUUUUCAUUAUCGCGUCCAAGACUUUUACCACGCAGGAAACGAUUACCAACGCUGUUUCUGCUCGAACUUGGUUUUUAGAUACGGCAAAAGACAGUGCAUAUGUCGCAAAACAUUUCGUGGCGCUUUCGACAAAUGCUGCAGAAGUCACAAAAUUCGGGAUCGAUCCCGCAAAUAUGUUUAAAUUCUGGGAUUGGGUUGGUGGACGUUAUUCUUUAUGGUCUGCUAUUGGGCUUUCCAUUGCGAUUUACAUUGGCUUUGAUAACUUUUAUGAACUUCUUUGCGGUGCGCAUGAUAUGGACCUUCAUUUCCAAAACGCACCAUUGGAACAAAACUUGCCAGUAAUUUUAGGUGUAAUUGGUAUCUGGUACAAUAAUUUCUUUGACGCACAAACACAAGUCAUAUUGCCUUAUGAUCAAUAUCUCCAUCGUUUCUCGGCUUACUUCCAACAGGGAGAUAUGGAGUCCAACGGCAAAUAUAUUUCACGUUCAGGAGAACCGGUGAACUAUCAAACUGGACCUAUUAUCUGGGGAGAGCCUGGUACCAAUGGUCAACAUGCGUUUUAUCAAUUAAUCCAUCAAGGAACAAAGAUGAUACCAGCAGACUUUUUAGCGCCUGUUGAAACACAUAACCCUAUUUCUGAUGGUUUACACCAUAAGAUCCUCUUGUCAAAUUUUUUUGCUCAAACUGAAGCUCUCAUGAUUGGUAAAACUAAGGAUAAUGUAUUACAAGAAUUGAAUAACGUUAAAAAUAAAGAUUUGAUAGCACCUCACAAAGUCUUUACUGGAAAUCGACCAACAAACAGCAUCAUGUUCCAAAAAUUAACACCUUCUACUCUCGGAGCAUUAAUUGCAAUGUAUGAGCACAAAAUAUUUGUGCAAGGCACCAUUUGGAACAUUAAUUCAUUUGAUCAAUGGGGUGUUGAACUUGGUAAAGUUCUGGCAAAAAAAAUUUUACCCGAAUUGACAGCUCAAGAUAAUACGCCAGUUUGUUCUCAUGAUUCUAGUACUAAUGGAUUGAUCAAUUUUUACAAGGCUAACAGGAAGGAUUAA